AUGGCAACGCGAAUACGCGAAAAUGUCCAGCGCGUUAUCGUGGGCAAAGACGAACCCAUCAAUCUCGCCAUCAUCGCCUUGCUGUGUCGCGGGCAUAUACUGGUUGAGGACGCGCCGGGCAUCGGGAAGACCACUCUUGCAAAGGCGCUGGCUCAGUCGCUGCAAUGCACCUUCAAGCGCAUCCAGUUCACGCCGGACCUGAUGCCGACCGAUGUGCUGGGCGUGAACUUCUACAAUCAGCGAACCGGCGACUUUCAGUUUCGCGGCGGUCCGAUAUUCAGCCAGAUGCUGCUCGCAGACGAGAUAAACCGCGCCACUCCGCGCACGCAGUCGUCUCUCCUCGAAGCCAUGCAGGAACGGCAAGCUACCGUCGAUGGCGAAACCAGGCCCCUCCCGGAGCCGUUCCUCGUAAUGGCUACGCAGAACCCCAUAGAAAUGGAAGGGACAUUUCCGCUGCCCGAGGCGCAACUCGACAGGUUCAUGCUUCGCAUACGGCUCGGAUACCCAACCCCAGAGGAGGAAUCGGACAUACUUCUGCGCUUCGAACGCGAUUUCGAGCCGCCGGAGAUUGAUGCGGUCAUAGACGCCGCAGAACUGUCAGAAAUGCAGGCACUGGUCAAUCAAGUUCUGGUGGACGAUGCGGUGCGGAUGUACACAUCGUUCUGA